AUGGAAUAUGGAAUAAUAUCUAUCUAUCUAUCUAUCUAUCUAUCUAUCUAUCUAUCUAUCUAUCUAUCUAUCUAUCUCAGUCUGAUGAUUAUCUAUCUAUCUAUAUCUAUCUAUCUAUCUAUCUAUCUAUCUAUCUAUCUAUAUUUAUCUCUCUCUCUCUCUCUAUAUAUAUAUAUAUAUAUAUAUAUAUAUAUAUAUAUUGUAGAGGACCGGGGCCAGUUUCUAUCUAUCUAUCUAUCUAUUAAAGACAUUUUUAUGUUUAACAUAAGAAAAUAUUAUCUAUCUAUCUCAAUCACAUUAUCUAUUAUCUAUUUCUAUCUAUCUAUCUAUCUAUCUAAAUCUAUCUAUCUAUUAAAGACAUUUUAUACAUUUUUUAUGUUUAACAUUCUUUUUAUAAGAAAUCUAUCUAUCUAUCUAUUCAAUUCUAUCUAUCUAUCUAUCUAUCUAUCUAUCUAUCUAUUAAAGACAUUUUUAUUUAAUACUUUUUUAAAGAAAUCUAUCUAUCUAUCUAUCUCAAUAUCUAUCUAUCUAUCUAUCUAUCUAUUAUCUAUAUUAAAGACAUUUUUAUACAUUUUUAUGUUUAACAUUCUUUUUAUAAGAAAUCUAUCUAUCUAUCUAUCUAUCUCAAUCACUCUAUCUAUCUAUCUAUCUAUCUAUCUAUCUAUUAAAGACAUUUUUAUAAAUCUAUCUAUCUAUCUCACUCUAUCUAUCUAUCUAUCUAUCUAUCUAUCUAUCUAUCUAUCUAUCUAUUAA